AUGGGUCAAGGAUCAUGGCAGCAUUGUUCGCGAUUGGAUAACUAUGUUGCGCACAUAAUGGGGCACUCUGAGACUAGGUGGGAUGAACGAGUGGUUUUACUUGGCAGACCUCCGAUUUUUGUCAUUGACCAGCUUGUGAAGGAUAAUGUAAUACCCAUUUCUGAGUAA